CGGACGCAGGGCAACACACCAACUGAAGUGGAAAGCGGCUCCUGUUCUGCUCCUUAUCCCGUUUCGGACGCUGUGUACAAGGCUUCAGCUGGUUACAGGACUGAUUCAAGCGCAAGAAAACAGAGUUAAGAAGAUACUCGCGACUUUGGCUUGUGUCCACUUAAUAAUUUUUUUCCCUCUUGCUUUCUUUAUGACAGCGUAUUAGUAUCUCAUUUUGUAGUAUUUGUAGGCGGACAGGUGGAAAGCAACCGUUUUUGUUUGCCAUUCCGUAGACUAAAUUUACCAAAUGACGGCAGAGGUCCAGCAGCCCCCAGCGCAGACUCCUGCCCAGAGCAGCCCGAUGUCUGCUCAGGAGAAGCCGCACGGACAGACGGUGGUGAUGGAAACCGCUUCCUCCACUACGAAAACCAAAAAGACCAACGCAGGGAUCCGACGACCAGAGAAACCCCCGUACUCAUACAUAGCUUUGAUAGUCAUGGCUAUCCAGAGCUCUCCGACCAAGCGCCUGACCCUCAGUGAAAUAUACCAGUUCCUACAGAGCCGCUUCCCGUUUUUCAGAGGCUCGUAUCAGGGAUGGAAGAACUCGGUGCGUCACAACUUGUCCCUGAACGAGUGCUUCAUUAAGCUGCCCAAAGGCCUCGGUCGACCAGGGAAGGGCCACUACUGGACUAUCGACCCGGCUAGUGAGUUUAUGUUCGAGGAAGGCUCCUUCAGAAGGAGACCCAGGGGGUUCCGGCGCAAGUGCCAGGCGCUGAAGCCCAUGUACAGCAUGAUGAACGGCCUGGGAUUCAACCACAUCCCCGAGUCUUACAACUUCCAGGGAAGCGGCGGGGGCCUAUCCUGUCCGCCCAACAGUUUGUCUCUGGACAGUGGGAUUGGGAUGAUGAAUGGACACUUGGCAGGUAACAUGGAUGGGAUGGGUCUGUCCGGACACUCCAUGUCACACUUGUCGACCAACAAUGGACAUUCCUACAUGGGAAGUUGUACAGGAUCCACUGGGAGUGAUUACCCCCACCACGACAAUUCCGCCUCCCCUCUGCUCACUAGCGGGGGAGUCAUGGAGCCUCACCCCGUCUACUCGAGCUCAGCCUCGGCGUGGGCUCCUGCCCCCUCGGCCUCGUUGAAUAACGGGGCAUCCUACAUCAAGCAGCAGCCUCUGUCUCCUUGCAAUCCAGGAGCGAACCCGCUGCAGCCAAGUUUGCCCACGCAUUCAUUAGACCAGCCAUACCUGCACCAGAACGGGCACAGUACCACAGAUUUACAAGGUAUUCCUCGGUACCAUUCCCAGUCUCCCAGCAUGUGUGACCGAAAGGAGUUCGUCUUCUCGUUCAACGCCAUGGCGUCCUCGGCCAUGCACUCACCGAGCAGCGGCUCCUACUACCACCACCAGCAGGUCUCCUACCAGGACAUCAAGCCCUGCGUGAUGUGAUGCCCUCCGCGGAUAGUCUGAAGACCAGGGGACGGCGUCACGGACUUGAGUCGUGCAGCAGAGCCACCUGAAAGGCGAACAAAUGAGUACAUUACCACUGAGAGACGUAAUGGCAUGCGCAGGCCAUGGAGAGAGCUCGCCGCUCCAAGUAGACGGGACUACUUCUCUGCAGCGUUUUACGCAGCAACAAAGACUCGGAGACAGGCCAAUUACAAAACAUAAUAAUAAUAUAUAAUAAUAAAAAAAAAACUCCUUCAUGCCAUCAUCAUCGACCAGCGGGGUUGGGAGUGGGCGUAGGAAACCCUGUUGCUGUUUGGUACUUUAGUCCUGCAGAGCGGAUGACUACCACUUCACACUUUUGCUCAUGUUUAUUCAUCUUGUUUAAAUAGGCCGAUGUAAAAAUGCACACUUCCAUUUUCACCGUCUAAAGUUUUUACCUUAAUUUUCUUAAUUACCUUUGA